AUGAAAUUAAAACAGGAAAAACUACCUCACAAGAACUACCUCACCUGUCAAAAACAAUUACAGGUGGUUGGUCCAGAAGCUUCUCUUGUUGCUGUAGCUGGUGAAGAUCUGGUUCUGCCCUGUUUUAUCAAACCCAACACCAGUGCUGUGGACAUGGCAGUGGAGUGGAUGAGAAUAGAGGAAGUGGCUUCAUUAGUGCAUCUCUAUAGGGAUCAUGAAGACAGAAAUGAAGAUCAGGUGCAGUCCUACAGAGGAAGAACAUCACUGUUUAAAGAGGAGCUACAGAAAGGCAACGCUUCACUCAAACUGUCAGCUCUCCGACUCGCUGAUGAAGGAGAAUAUAAGUGCCUCAUUGAGGAAAAAUCCUGGUAUGAUGACAUCACUCUUCAUGCUAUUGUUGAGGCUCAGGGAAGCCACCCAGUGAUAAUGAUGGAGAGUUAUGAUAACUCAGGAGGGAUUAAUCUAGUGUGUGAAUCCAGAGGCUGGAACCCUGAGCCUGAUGUUCUAUGGCUGGGCAAAGAAGGAGUCACUCUGACUGCUGAAGAUACACAGAUACACAGAGACACUGAGGGCUUCAGUGUGAAAAGCCGCAUCACUGUUUAUGAUUAUAGCGACUCUAACAGGUUUUACUGCAGACUUCAGCAACAACAUCGCAUGAUGGAGACAGACAUUAUCAUCAGUAGUGGAGUCUUUGGUAUUUGGAAGUGGGCUGUCAGCAUUUCAGUUGUAGCAUGUCUUUUUCUUCUUGGACUGAUACUAACUGUGUUUUUUGGCUACAAGAAAGAACUUCAACAGGAGAAUCACCAUCUAGAACUUCAACAGGAGAAGCAACAUGCAGAACUUCUAAAGAAGAAGAUGUUUAGAGUGGAUGUGACUCUGGAUCCUGAUUCAGCUCAUCCUCAACUUACUGUGUCUGCUGAUGGAAAACGAGUGACCCAUGUAGAUACACCACAAACUGAUUCACCGCAAAGGUUUAAAUUUUCCUGUGUUCUGGGAAAGCAGAGUUUUUCCUCAGGGAGAUUUUAUUAUGAGGUGCAGGUCAGAAGGAAAACUGACUGGAAAUUAGGAGUCGUGAAAGAGAACAUUAACAGGAAGGGGUGGAUUACACGGUGUCCUCAGAAUGGAUUCUGGACUGUGGUACUGAGGAAUAACAAUCAGUAUGAGGCUCGUGCUGAUCCUGCUGUCUCCCUCGAACUGAGAGAGAAGCUGGAGGUUGUGGGGGUGUUUGUGGAUUAUGAGGAGGGUCUGGUCUCCUUUUAUGAUGUGAAGUCCAGAUCUCAUAUCUACUCUUUUACUGGUCAGUCUUUCACUGAGAAACUCUAUCCAUACUUCAGUCCUUGUGAUAAUAAAGGAGGUAAAAAUUCAGCACCACUGAUCAUCACUGCUGUUAAUGAAUAAAUAUCUGUUUUGUAUUCUAUAAUUUUUUUUUAAUGUUUUAUAAGCUUUUUCCACAAAUAGCUAUAAUGAUACAUUCAAAUGUACAACAUGAUUACAGACUACACAACUACAAUAAAUUAUCUA